CAACAAUUCAUUACCAUGUCUAGCCCAAAUGACCCAUUCAAAAUCAUUAUUGUGGGAGGGGGGAUAGCAGGUUUGACACUCGCCAAUAUGCUGGAAAAGUUUGAGAUUGACUACAUCUUGCUGGAAGCUCGCGACAACAUCGCACCGGCAGUGGGCGCGAGCAUCGGCCUGUUUCCUAACGGGCUGCUGAUUCUCGACCAGAUAGGAUGCUACGAGCCAGUCCGAGCAGUCGCUCAGGGCGACAGUGUCAAGUACGCGCACAUGCGCCGUCCAGACGGCAGUUCCGUGUCCUGCACCGAGGAUCUCUUUGCGCACCUGAAGAAGAGACACGGUUACGAGAUGCUGUUUUUUGACAGACAGUGGCUUCUUCAAGUCCUUUUUGAUCAGCUGCGGCAUAAGGAGCGGAUUGUGCUCAGCAGCCGUGUAGAGGCUAUCGAACAAUCUGGCCGUGAGAUCAGCGUGACAACCAAAGCAGGAAAGAAACACACCGGUAGCAUUGUGGUAGGCGCCGACGGAGUUCACAGCACGGUGCGUCACGAGAUGAGACGGCUCGCCAGUCUAUCAAACAACCCAACGUCCUUCCCGUCUGAGGAUGAAGAGCAAACAGUCCCAUGUCACUACCAGUGCAGCUUUGGAAUCGCCAAACAUGUCGAAAACUGGCCAGAAAAAAACCAGUCAUUCACGUCUGGGGAGGGAUACUCGUUUCUGGUGGCAUCGGGGCCCGACAACAGAGUGUAUUGGUUCAUGUUCAAGCGUCUACCUGAAGUGAAAUACGGCAAGGAUAUUCCAAGAUACACGAAACAGGACGAGGAGGAUUUCGUCCAGCAGCACGCCCACGUCCGGAUCACAGAGGAUCUGACGUUUGGACGGAUUUUUGAAAACAGGAUCUCGUCGACUUUGACACCACUUCACGAGAUAGUAUUUAAGAAGUGGUUUUGGGAAAGAAUGAUUUUGAUGGGAGACAGCGUACACAAGCCAAACCCCAUUGGUGGCAUGGGUGGAAACGGCGCCAUCGAAACGGCGGCCGAGUUUGUCAACUCUCUGCUCAGAGCAAGAGACAGCCGUCCGAAUGGACUGUGCGGCUUGACAACAGCAGAGAUCGAGGCCAUCUCCAAGCGCACACAGGACGCGCGGUACGAAAGAGCGAAAUACAUUGUCAAGCUCAGCCAUGAUACCCAAGCUCUAUUCGCGUCGGAAAAACCACUGCUCACAAAAAUCGUUCUUAAUCUUGUUGUUCCCCUGAGCGGGCUUGAACACCACCUUGGCCAGAUGGGAUCCAGGCUGCUUGCCAGCGCAAAGCUAAAUUUUCUGCCAGUGCCCACAAGACCCAGGGCCGUGCCAUAUGACCACGAGUUACCAGCAAAACCAAUCCGAGGAUGGCCACUCGCAAUGACCAAGGCGGUGUUCUGUGUUGGAAUGGGGUUGGGAUUGGGGUACCCCUUUCAACCUUUGUCAGUGCUGAAUUCUCAGUUGCAACGGGCUUAUUCGCUGUCACAAACAAUCUCGCCGCUCCUGACGUACACUCUCGAGGGCCAUCGAGCUGGCAACAAGGGCACGCUCCUCUCAUUGCCCAGCCUAUUUGUGGCUGGCAUACAGACUAGGCGGGUGGGAAUGGCAACGAUUGCUCCUCUACAUGGGAUCAUAGCCGCACUUCAGUCGUUCAAGGCUCCCCCAGGUCGGUGGGUCGGCGUGUAUGUUGCGAGAGCAUUGAUGCCUGCACUCUCUCUGGGAUAUGUUAUUCCAACGCUCUUUGCACUGAGCCCAACCUGGGGAGCAUCCCAAGGUGUUGUUUCCAGUGGCUUCGCAAUAGGGGCGCCCUUGCUUGUUCCAGUUUUGACCACAGCGCUUUCCAGAUGGUGGGAAAGCAAGAGCACAGCGCAUGCAGAAGACUUUGAGAGGUACAAGAAAGACGAUGUUUCGGCAUUGAAAACGGUGUAUAAACUGGCUGUCGUAUCCCAGGCUGCUGCCCACAUCAUGUUUGUAGCUCAUGCCUACUUCUGCUUGAAGACCACACCACUUCAACUGAUCAGUCUGCCCUUUUCACUGAGUGGGGCAGUGGGAUUCUUGGGAGAGACUUUGUAUUCAAUCCUUGAUCUUAGGUUCUUGGGGUAUGUGACGGGUUGGCAGGUUGCCAAGGUCUCGCUGGCUUCUAUCCUCAGCCAGGUGGUGCUGGGCCCUGGGGCUUCUAUGGCGGGAGUUUGGUGGUGGAGGGAGCAAGUCAUUGCGGGCUACUUGAAGGGGAACUAGCCUGAGCACGUCGUAUCCAUGUCAGGGCGCUUUGGUGGCGUUGUUGCAGUUGAAAUGGAGAAGGACAGUGGCGUCUAGAUGUCCGGACUUCCAUGGCGGCACUCUUUAACAAAACCACUGACCUCUUUAAUUUUGCCAUGUUGUUUGACACCACCAUGAUGAACAUCCCGGACUUACUAGCCUAUUUGGCUCUCUCGGCAACGGCCAUAUUCAUUCAUGGCGCCACUGCUCAUACAGUCAAAGUCCAAAACAAACCCAACAACACCCUGGCAGAUAUCCGCUGCCGGCACGGGCUUGCCAGCUGUCUCUCCUCAUCUUGCUGUUCUUGGGCUGGCUAUUGUGGAUAUUCCGCCGCUCACUGCGGCGCAUAUUGCCAGGUUGGCCGUGGAUUUUGCGAGAUCUGAGUCUUGAUCUUUUCGUGCUGCAUACCUUGCUAACCUCGCAAUCAGUGACAUUGUUCGGCGUGUUCGACGUGACCACUUCCGCCCCAAAAAUCGUGGCAGACGGGUCUAUGAUUGCACGCAGCGCAACACUAUCACUUUGACCUUUACGACGGGCCAUCAGCGCAGACCGGGCCCCUUCUCGACCUGUUGCAUCAGGAGGGGUUCAAGGCCACCUUUUUUGUCAAUGGAGAACAUGGAACCUCGCCGAGCAUUCUGCGACGCGUUAUUGAUCAAGGACACCAGCUUGCGUCUCACACAUGGGGCCACCUCGAGAACCUGGAUCUCGAGUCGUCAGAGUCCAUGAAUCAACAGAUGAUGUGGAACGAGAUCAUGUAUAGAGACAUUCUGGGCUUCUUUCCCAC